AUGGCGACAUCAGGUGAUGUGAAGGAAACAGAAUUAUUUACAUGUGCUAUCUGUUUAGAACAACUUAAGUCACCUAGAAGUCUACCAUGCUUACACACUUUCUGUUUUCAAUGUAUCAGUGAGUACAUUCAGUCAUCUGAACGCCGUGCCGGACAUAAAAUCGCAAAUUAUACGUGUCCUGUUUGUAGAUCAAUUGUCACGCCCCCUAAUGUAGAUUUAGAUACAACACGGUGGAUUGAAUCUCUGCCACAUAAUUGUACCAUCUCAUCGCUAAUGGAAACUACGAAAGAACCAAACAAGCAAGAGUGCCACAUUUGUAAACGCAAACAAAAACAUAGUACUUCGACUAAAUGGUGUCGUGACUGUGGUGAAGCCUAUUGUGACGAGUGUUCUGAAUCUCAUAAUUUUAUUAAACCAUUGAUGGGUCACGUAUUGAUAAAUAUUGAGCAUAUUCAAUCCAAAGAAUGUGGAAUAGAUUUGGGUAAAUUUUCGGAUGCGUGUCCCGUACACAGUUCUAAAGUAGUAGAAGCAUACUGUUUCGAUCACCAAAAACUCUGCUGCGUGUUGUGUGUAACGUUACAACAUAGAAAGUGUGAAGAUGUCCAAUCUAUUGAAGACAUUACAAGUAAAACAGGCGAAAAUGAUACAUUUGAAGCAAAUUUGACUAAAAUUCAAGCAGCUACUGAACAAUUACUACAAGAACAAAACAAAGAGAAGGUUGUUGUGAAUAAAUCGUUGUCCAGUAUUGAAAACGAUGUCAUUGAUUUAGUUAAUAUUGCAAAAAAUAAAUUAGAUAGUUUGCUGGUUGUAUUUUUGAAAGAAUUGAAGAUGAUUGAAGAAAAUACCGAAAGCAAACUUAAUUCAAAAUUGGAUUUGGUCGAAAAACUCUUAAAUCGCAUCAACGACUUUGUCAGAACUACAACGUUUAUACGAUCUUAUGGUUCAAAAACACAACUAUUCAUUCACAUCCAAAACUCAAAACAAGACUUUAAUUCGGAAAUCGAGAAAGCUAUAAUGUUACUAUGGCAGACCACUGGAUUAGAAGCUAGUUUUCUUAUUGAAAAUACACUACAGAACGUGAUGGAAAUGAAGAGUCUUGGAGAAGUACAUGUUACAGAGAAAUGUAGUAAAUCUGAUAUAAAGUAUGAAGGGCUUGUAUCAGAUUAUUUCCGUGUACCAACAAGUAAAAUGUUUGAUUCUGUUCAUUUGAAAAGAAAGAAAACUGUUACUCUUUAUGGACAUGUUUUGACCGGGGGGAUGUGUAUUUCAGAUCAGACAAUGGUACUUUGUAGUCAUACGUUACACAAAAUUAUAGUCGUCGAAAUAUCAACAGGAAACAUCAUAGCAGAAUGUGUCUUUUCCAAAAACCCAAAACGACUGACGUAUGAUACUAAGAACAAGACAUUCUAUAUUUCUUUUUACGGUGGUUUUUUCUACAAUGUUAGCUUUGACCAGAGUUUCGGAAAACAAACGAACAUUAAAAAGCAAUCGCCUUAUAAUGGAGGGGUAUGUAUUCAUGAUAAUCAUCUUUAUAUGGUCGUAGGUUGUGAAAUCAUGAAAAUGAAGUUGAAUCAAGGUGGAUUACUGACGACUGCAUUUUCAGCUAGUACAGACUGUACAGAAUUAAACGGACUUGCAAUAGAUUUCAAAUCCGAACGUUUAAUACAUACGACCAAAGAUUCCCAUAUCGUUUGUUCCUCACUUGAUGGAAAAAAAUGUUUUGAUUACAAAGAUGAUCAAAUGAAAAAUGUAACCAGCGUAACAGUCAACUCUCGUGGUCUAAUAUUCGCUGGGGAUGAAACUGGGAUCGUACAUAUGCUGUCUGACGACGGGAAACAUAGAAAAACCUUACUGGACAAAUGCGAGAAAAUAAAUAGAUUGUGCGAUAUAUGGUUGGAUAAAUCUGAAAAGACUCUGUUCAUUUGCGGAAAAGACUAUGUAGAACUUUAUGAUAUUUCCUUUUAAGU